AUGUCUGUGGCUCAGCUCUCCACCAAGGAUGACAAUCGGGAGUCCAAAAAGGCCAAGAAGAGAGCCUCACAUGUGCUGGGAUUCUCGGACGAAGAUAAGAUCGGAACCAUCCAACCCCACAACGAUGCUCUGGUAGUUACACUCAGGAUUGGAGGAUAUGAUGUGAAGAGAGUGCUGAUAAAUCAGGGCAGUGCUGUGGAAGUAAUGUACCCCGACCUGUACAGGGAGUUGAACUUAAAACCCGAGGACCUAACAGCGUACGAUUCCCCUCUGCAAUCAGCCACCCCAGUAUUGCCUGGUAAUGAAUCAGCCGAGGAGGUAAAAUGCGAAGAUCUAGAAAAGGUAGCCGUUGGCAUUAAUCCGGAAAAGUUCUUUCAAGUCGGCUCGGAACUACCUCCCCAAGAGAAAGAAGAACUAAUUGGGUUUCUCAGAGAAAAUGCGGACAUGUUUGCGUGGGACGCCUACGAGGCCCCAGGGGUUGAUUCGAGCUUCAUCUGCCAUCACCUAAACGUUAACCCAUCUAUUACUCCCAAGAAGCAACCACCUCGACACUCGUCGAAGGAGCAUGCCAAUGUUGUUAGGGAUGAGGUGAUGAAGCUUAAAAAAGUAGGGGCUAUCAAGGAAGUUUUUUAUCCCGAGUGGUUGGCUAAUACUAUAGUGGUAAAGAAAAAAAGCGGGAAAUUGCGAGUUUGUGUAGACUUCACGGAUCUGAAUAAAGCCUGCCUAAAAGAUUUGUUCCCUAUGCCUCGGAUAGAUCAGUUGGUAGACGCAACCGCAGGUCAUCCUCAGAUGAGCUUCUUGGAUGCCUUUUAA